AUGUCUGAAAAUUACUUUUACCUCAAUCGCAAUCAACCAAACCGUGUAUUAUAUUUCAAAGAAUGGCUCCCCAGUAUUUAUCUACCAAGUGUUAAAAUUUUGAGAAGAAACAACGUUAAUGUUGCAGAAUCCCAAUAUCGCCGAGAGGUUCAGGAUGCUAUAAUCACUUGUGGUGAGGUCCAUCCAAAUAGUAAACGAAAGCUAGAAACAAUCUUAUCUCAGUUUAACUCCAUGUCUAAGGAGCAACGUCGGACAUUUUAUAAGGAGGUUUGGGCCAAAGAAAAGGAGAAGCGUCAAACUCUAGAACAAGAACGUAAUGUCGAUAUAAUUCAAGAAAAUACCGAAUUUAUAUUAGGCAGAUGUAGAGCUAAGAUAGAAAAUGGUUGCUCAGAUACUAUCAUGCUUGCAUAUACCGAAGUUGUCCGCCAUUUGGAACGGUUGGAUUUGGCAUCGAUUAAACCAGAAGUUCCUCUAGCAUCCGGCGUUAUUGAUCUCGGCACGUAUAGAGAUUUGGGACCCGAUUUCGAUCCAGUAUUCAUGAGACCAAUCGCUUUCCCACAUGGGGAGAUGACCGUUGAAACCAGACGUAUACUGAUGACGGUUUUUGACUUAUUAGAAGGAUUACCGUUGUUGACAGAAGAUGAAUAUAGUGAGAAUGCUUAUGUAAUUCAUGCUGUAUCGAAGGUUCUAGACCCAAUCCUCAAAUAUUCAAAAUGGCCAAUCAAGCGUGCAUGGAUGGAACGGAUGGAAGCUACGAAUUCAGGGAAGAAGCCGGAUCUGCAGGUUUUGCUAAAGCUUGAUAUGGUGGAAAGUGAACUCGUACUUGCCGAAGUUUCACGAUUACUCCCUCAACAAGACAAAGAAAUUAUAGACUGGAAGAAAUUGGUACGUAUUUGCAAAGAUUGUUUUGAUGAGCGAUAUAAUUUUUUCUUUGAUGGAAGGGAUGAUACCACCGAUAUGGCUAGAUCGUUAAAUAUCAAGCUAGGGAGAGUUCCUGUUUUAGGUAUCCAAGUAAUACGAGAUCGUGUGACUGUUUCUGCGUUAGACUUAUUUGAAGACGAUUUUUAUCGGGUUUUUCGAAUCUGUGAGUUGGUUAUACCAUUACGUAUUUCCUCUCGCCAGAUCGUUGAAGAUUUUUUAAAGAACGCUCUUGAAUUGAGAUCCGUGGUUGAAAAAAUUAUCGCAAUGGCGGUGGGUGUGAAAGAUGAAAUUAAUCUUUUACCAGUAAUCGAAGAUCGGACCCCGUCAACAUCAAUGAUGUCGACCACAUAUUCUCCACCAAAAAGUUAUUAG